AUGAGUGAUAUUAAAUUUUUUGAGGAAAAUCCCGGAAGUGAACAAUUUUCCGAUGAUGAAGAUGAGGAUUCUUUUAACAAAUCUCCUCCCUCUCAGCGCAAUGUAUCUUUAUCAAGUACUCGCGAUCCCCUAUUAUACAAGCGACCAAAAUUAACGCGAGGCAAACAAAAAAUUCCUAUUUCCUUUAUGCGUGAUCGAGUCAGACGUUGUUCUACUUUUUCCAAACGAAAAACUGGAUUGAUGAAAAAGGCAUUCGAGUUAGCAGAAUUAACUGGUGCUGAAGUCCUACUUCUUGUCGCCUCUGAAACGAACCACGUGUAUACGUUUUCAACUAAUCGUUUGAAACCCAUCAUUGAGUCUGACCAGGGUAGAGAACUUAUCCAAUCUUGUUUAGGUCCUCGUGGUCAAAAUAGCCGUAAUGUUGAUACUUCUGCUGCUUCUGUUCCUUCUCCCGUGUCACCUCAAAUUCAGACCCAAGAUUCUUCUCCCGAGCAAGAUAAAAUUGAUAAUCAGCAUGAAGUCGUUGCAAGAGUAGCAGCCGAAUCCCAUCUUCCUCAGCAGUCACAACCACAGACACUUUCUAUCCAAAUGGCGGAUGGAACUUUACUUCACUUGCCUGUCAAUUUUCCCAACUCCGGACUAGUUUUGCCUCUUAUUUCAUCGCAGACAAUUGCUCCAGACGAGGUCAUUGCCUCUUUGCUAUGCCACCGUGUUGCCAAUGGUGAUGAAAUUCAAGCCCUCAGAAAUUCAGAGGCAUCUAGCAACAGCAAUUCAUCCUCCAAGUAA